UCUUUUAACGUGAGUUUAUUAAAAAACAAAUCUACCAAACAGGCCCGUAAAUGUCAUAUACAAUUUCGACCCUCUUCUUUUGUGCUUCGCCAUCGCAAAGUUUGUGGUUUUAGUUUCUGAAUCAAUUUCGAAGUCAUCCAACCAGUCUCUGUUCUCGACAAGACUUCCCCAAAGCUUAAAUUAUCUGGUGAAGUUCAUGGAUGAUUUUGUAUCUAACAUGCCAGCACGGACAAAGUGUUCAAAGGCCCAAUCAAAGCAUCAGGACACAAGCCACUGGAUUCUUGGAGAGCAUGGACACUCAGAAAAGUCAACCUGAGAAGCAGUCUUCAUCCACUGCAACUGCCCCAUCUGUUACUUCAUGUCGAAAGAAGAAGAAUGAAGAAGCUGCUUUCUUGGACGAUUUGAAGGACCACAUUGAUGAGUUUAUUAAUGCUUCUAUGGAUGAACACAAAACUUGUUUUAAGAAAACAAUUCAGAAGAUGUUUGGUAUGUCCAAGGCUGUUGCAGAAGGUCAGUCCAAUGCUUCCAAAGAAGUUGAAAGUUCUCUGCCUCUUCAGACAACUGUACAAGACUAGAUUUCUUGCUUUUGAACCACUAGGUUUUAACCGAGGCGUGUGGUUAUACCACCCAGAUAUUUAGUUAUAUUAGGCUAUUUGAAACUAAAUUUUGUUUGUGAAAACUACAUUCAUGGGUUGUUUUUUGUUUUUACUAGUAUGGUUUCUAUGCUUAAGUAUUGUUGAAUUAUGGUAGCUGAUCCAAUUUCUAAAGUGAGUCCCAACCAUCAACUCCUGUACCCUUUUCCAUUCCACUGAUGUAGGAUGUUGACGCAUCACGAUGUAGGAUGUUGACAUUGCACCAAAACUUGGAAGACAUAUUUUCGUUGAAGUCAA